CAAAAGCGCAACUGCAACGGUGGGAGCAGCAGCUGUCAAAGUUUUUCGAUUCUUCAAGUCGACCGUGUCAUCGCUUGUGUAAAAUCUGGCCAAUUUUUCUCAAUUUUGAGUGUUUAGAACCGCCCUCCCCAGCUGCAUUUACCGCGGGUCAGCUUGACCGCACCCUGCCGGAACCGGAUCGCGUGUGUGCUGUGCCGCCCGCGUGGCGCAAUUUGGCUAAGCUGGACCGACAGGAAAACAAACUAGGACACAGGAUGCCUCGGGUAAACUUUACCCGCACGGACCGGAUAGCGCAGAUGAGCAAGCAGGAGCAGAUUAUCGCCCAGAAGCGGCAGCAGAUUCUGGAAAAGCAACGCACCCUGCAGAUGGCCAAGCAGAUCGCGGCCGAGGCCAGUAAGGCUAGCGCUCCCACCGGCGCCGAGGAAGAACAGGGCGCGGACAGUUCGGGUGCGCUCAAGUUGCCGUUUUCCAACGAUGGUUCCUUUCUGGAGAACUUUAAGAAGCUGAGCGAAAAGUUUGCCAAAACCUCCGAGGAUGGAACGGCGAAGCGGGCGGCCGAAGAGGAGGCCGCUUCCACUAGUUGAAAACGCUUUUAAUCA